AUGCGAUUCAUAUCGUUGAUUCUCGCUUCGGUCCUCUUCUCAGUGUCAAUCGCCGGCUAUUUGAAACCAAAAGGAUCGCCAUGCCCGCAAGGUGAUGGAUUGUAUUCUGUUGGAUGCUCUCAGUUUUAUUUGCAAUGCGUCAAUGGUAUCGAAUACGAGCGAACGUGUCCAGAAGGAUUGUACUUUGAUCGACUUCUUUCGAGAUGUGAAAGAAGGGCGAACAAUCAUGCGUGCACCGAGACCAAGAAGGACUUUGCAAAUGUCCGACAGAAAGCGUUCUUUAUUGAUUGUAAAAGCCGAAAGAAUGGCGACUACGCAAUCGAAAAGAACAUUUGCGAUGAGAAUUAUUAUCAAUGUUCGAACGAAAUUGGUUACAUGAGAAAGUGCCCGUUCAAUCAAUACUUCAGCCCAACCACAAAACGAUGUGAUUAUUACGAAAACUGCAGAAGCACAAUUGCGGGAAAAUACACAAAAGACUACGCUAACGCCUAUGCUUCGCAGUACGCUGCUAAUGACGGAUCCAAGGUCGAAGUCGUCGAAGAAAAUGGAACCGGAAUUGAUUGCUCUCGUCUCGGCAAUGCUACCAUCACCAUCGACGAAUGUUCGCAAGUAUAUUGGAUGUGCGCGAAUUACAAAUUGUUCAAAAAAUAUUGCCCAACGGGUUUGGUAUACGAUAAGGAUGAGGAUUUGUGCAACCAUCGCAACUUUGUCAAAGGAUGCGCCGAGUUCACAGGGGCCUCCACUACCACCCCACCUGCUCCAUCGGAAGACAUUUCAGCAACAUAUAAUGGAACACUUUGCCAGGGCAAAGAUGAUGGAUUCUAUCCACUUGAAACGUGCUCUAACAAAUUUGUCUCUUGCAAUGGUGGUGUUAGCCGCGAGAUUCCAUGCGCGGAUAAUCUUGUGUUCGACGUCCGAAUCAACGCGUGCGACUAUCCAGAAGCUUGUAAAAGCGAGAGAAAAGUUGAAGAAAUCCCAGCUCUCUUCACUCAUGGCGGAAGUGCGAUGAAGAAUCACACCGACGUGCCAGUGGACUUCGAUUGCUCCGAUAAGGAGGAUGGACUCUACGUGAAAGACAAAUGUUCGACCAAAUACGUGCAGUGCAACGAUCGAACUGCCUUCUGGAUGACCUGUCCAGCGAACCUUGUCUUCAAUAUGGCCACCAAGACUUGCGACUAUCUUGACAAUUGCGAUAAGCAAGUGUUUUGCUCUUGUACGAAAAUCAAUAAUUAUUGCAGGAACUACGUUGAGGCUCGUACGACUCAGAUUUAUACCACCACUACUUCGAUGAAGACUCCAAUUGUUACCAGCACUGUUUCAUAUGAGAAUAUUGUCGAUAAUUCUGCUCCAGCGCCGCCACCAGCUCAAGAGGAAGCGGUUGGAUUCUCGUGUGAAAAACUUGAAAAUGGACUCUACGCUGUCGGACUUUGCAAACCGCAAUUCCACCAAUGCUGGAACAGACGUCACUCGACAUCUAAUUGUCCAAGCCCAUUGAUCUUCAAUCCAUAUACCGGACAAUGCGACUACCGCAACAACGUCGCUGACUGCAAUGGAGUGACCAUUGGUGUUCCAACGUACACCCCAACCUCUACCGCGAAGACGUUGACUACUACAACCUCUACUACCGCCGCGCCACAAUCCGCUUACAAAGAUGUUGCCACAACCAUUGUCUAUGCGCCUAUCGAUCCGUUCUGCGAGCGUUUGGCUGAUGGAAAUUAUGGAGUCGGAUGCAACCAGUACUUCUAUCAGUGCGAGAGUUUCGAAACCAAGAAGGUGAAAUGUCCAGCUGGAUUGUAUUACAAUCGGGUGAAACACUUGUGCGACUUCCGCGACCAGAUACCGGAGUGCAACCCUAAUUCAACUUACAAGACAACUCAGCCCCCAACAACAACCACUGCGACGUAUUCGACUGGAAAUGCUGCCCCAGCACCACCACCAUCCCAGAAAACACACACACCAUCAGCUGACGGCAAAUUCUCUUGCGUCGGACGCGUCGACGGAAUCUACGCGCUUCCUUAUUGCACAUCCGACUAUGUCCAAUGCAUCAAUGGUCAAGCACUCGUGAGCCAAUGCGCUACGGGAUUGGUGUACAGCGAAAAUUCGGGACUUUGCGAUUAUCGCGAAAAUGUCGAAAAUUGCAACAGUUCUGGUUCGCAGGCUGCUGACAGCAUUCCAAAUGAGGCAUGUGCUGGAAAGACUGAUGGUUACUAUUCUAACGGAUGCUCUCCGCAUUACUACUCGUGCAUUGGUGAAAAGAUUCGCAAGAUGUCAUGCCCGGCUAAGCUUCGUUUUUCGACAGCUAAGGGAGUCUGCGACUAUCCAGGAGAUGUGGCUGAGUGCGGUUUGAGUUCCCAGCCAAUUCAAACCCCACCAGUGGCUGAUAGCUCAUUAUGUGUCAACAAAAUAAAUGGACUUCAUUCAUUCAAGAGGUGCUCACCACACUACGUCGUCUGUGAAAAUGGAAUUGCUACGACCGGAACUUGUGCUGCCCCAUUGGUGUUCAACGGCGCCACUGAGUUGUGCGACUACAAGAGCAACCAGCCGGAAUGCUCGGAAAAUUCGGAAAAUCAAAAACCAUAUUAA